AUGGUUCCCUUCCUGGACUACACAAGGCAUCGAAGGGAUUGCCAAUUCAAGCAACAACAACGCGCCGACAGGAUUGCCUCUCUAUCAUCUUAUCAUGGGCCUCUUACCGAUUCAGACCGUGAGACGGUCAACAAGCCCAUAGAGAGACUCGUUGCCGGAGUCCACAAUGGUAUCAUGCAGCCCCUAGACAUCCUACGGACAUACGGAAAAGUCGCUCUUAGGGCACAUGAGAAGACCAACUGUCUUACCGAAGUCCUGCUUCCCGAUGCUGAGGGAUGGGUUCAGGACGGCUCAUCAAUCAACCUGAAGGGACCGCUUGCAGGCAUUCCCGUGUCUCUCAAGGACACCAUUGUCGUCGGCGGCUAUGAUGCUACCGUUGGGUACUCGUCAUUUGCUGGCAACGCGAAGCAGAAAGAUGGCGCACUCGUGAGGCUUCUCAAGGAUGCCGGCGCGGUGCCUUAUGUCAAGACCAACAUCCCCAUCUCCUUGCUGAGCUUUGAAUCGACCAACGACGUCUGGGGCCGGAGCACGAAUCCUCACAAUCCCAAGUACUCGCCUGGCGGAUCCACCGGCGGCGAGUCGGCGCUCCUGGCCCUUGGCGGGAGGAUCGGCAUUGGCUCAGAUGUGGCAGGUAGUGUGCGAGCGCCUGCGCACUUCGCGGGGUGUUAUUCUCUGCGUUGUUCUACAGGGAGGUGGCCCAAAUCUGGCGUUUUCACCAGCAUGCCUGGCCAAGAAGGCGUGCCGAGUGUGUUCAGUCCUAUGGCGAGGACUUUAGAUGACCUGACCUACUUCACACGCGCGAUCAUUGGGAUGAAACCAUGGGCAUACGACUAUUCUGUACAUCCGCUCGAGUGGCGGUCCCAAGUUGAGGAGCAGUACUCGGAGAAGAAGAGGCUGAGAAUCGGUAUGCUCCGAACGGACGGCGUGGUCGACCCCAGUCCCGCAUGUACCAGGGCCCUGAAUAUCGCCGAACAGGCUCUCGCAAGGGAGGGGCAUGAGAUUGUGGAGAUCAACCCUCCAGACAUGUACUAUGCCCUCAAGCUGGGAUCGGCGCUUUUGAAUGCAGACGGCUGCAGAACUUUCAAGUCUUUCAUGAGGAGUGGUGAGUGGGAGGACGAAGGCGCAAACCAAAUGAGCUGGUACAUGAGCCUGCCGCGCCCCUUUAAAUGGGUGUACUACCUAUGGGUCCAGUACAUCCGCCGCGACCACAUCUGGGCGGGGCUGUUGAGGGACUGGCACGCCAAGACAGCCGAGCAGAACUGGAAGCUGGUCGCUCAGAGAGAGUCGUACAGAGCUGAGUGGUUCGAAUGGUGGAACCAGGCUGAUAUCGACUUCAUCCUGUCUCCGCCAAAUGCUACACCGGCCGUUCCCCACGACGGAAUGAAGGAUGCGGUCAGCAGUUGCGGAUAUACAUUCCUAUGGAAUAUUCUUGAUUACACGGCUGGUAUCGUACCUAUCACUCACGUUGAUAAGACAUUGGAUGGCCUUCCAGCUGGCUUCAACAUCAAGAAAUUGAACGGUGUUGCGCAGGGUGCGUACAAACUGUACGACGCGCAAGCCAUGCAUGGACUGCCCGUCGGCGUGCAGGUGGUUGGCCGGAGAUUAGAGGAGGAAAAGGUUUUGGCAGCCAUGAAGAGACUUGAGGAUGCGCUGGGCGACGAUAAGUACGAUCUGCUCGCUAUCGACUAG